UUUCAGGUAGAUGAAGUUGAACUCAAAGGCGGUCGUGGUGGUGGAGGUGGCCGUGGUGGCGGACGCGGACGCGGUGUUGGCGGGUACAGAUAUUCCAGUGGUAAUUCUGGAAGUGGAGGCGGAGGCGGAGGCGCAAAAUUUUGGAAAUCUGUCAGAAAGUUUUUUGGAAUCAAAACUUCAUCCUCUUCGCCUCCUCCAGCGUCCAAUAAAAAAGAUGAGAACAAAGACGACAAGAAAAAAGAAGAAGAAGAAAAGAAAAAACAAGAAGAGAAAAAGAAGCAAGAAGAAGAGAAAAAGAAACAAGAAGAGGAGAAAAAAAGACAAGAGGAAGAGAAAAAGAGACAAGAGGAGGAGAAAAAAAGACAAGAGGAAGAGAAAAAGAGACAAGAAGAGGCGAAAAUGACUCCAGAGCAGAAGAAACAAAAGCAAGAGGAGGAAAAAAAGAAACAGGAGGAGAAAAAGAAGCAAGACGAGGAGAAAAAGAAACAGGAAGAAGAGAAAAAGAAAAAAGAAGAAGAGGAACAGAAAAAAGCGGAAGAAGAAGAAAUGAAAUUGCAACAAGCAGAGGCGGACGCGUUUUACGCCGCUUUUCCGUAGAAUGUUUAAAUCUUCCUCGAAUGAAUUAUCAUCGAGCUUUUAUAGUCAUGCUCUGUACACUACUUAUGCUUAAUAAAAAUAUGAUCGACUUUUUUAAAGGGGGGUUCAUGCACCAUAUCAUGAAACAUGAAUGUUUCAGAAAUUAAAUGUCUGUGAAUUUGGAUGCUCUCAGUGGCUGUUAUUAAAGGAAGAUAUUUCUGCCUGAAUAUUUUUCAUCUGUAGUGUGAGAUUGUGAAAAUGUUCAACCGAAUUUUGUUACAGAGCUGCAUUCGGAUGGAUAAAAAAAAUAGCAUUUUAAAAGAUAAAUAUCUGUUAUAUUCAUUCGAUGUAAUUUAUUGAGCAAUACUUCAAAUUUUUCGAACGAUAGUGAAAUAAAUAGAAAACGCAUGUACGAGCCUUUUUGAAACACAUUCUCAUAAGUCAUACCUUGAAUGUUUGGUUUAGAUUAUUGAUUUCAUACGCGAGCUAAAAAUUUAUGAAAAAUUCAACUUUAGCGAUUUUAUUUUCCGAAAGUGCACGUAUCUAUGUUUUAUGUUGUUUGUUUUCGAUUGUACGUAAUGUAUUGCAGUGGUAUUUUGUAUUAUCUACAUAUAUCCUUCGUAAUCUGUUUUCCCGACAAUUCGGGUAUUUUUCAGUGGCUCGAACGAGAAUGAGAGUCUGUUUUAAAAUUCACUAUGAAAAUUGUGUGGUAAAUUUCAACACAAUUUGUAAUUUUGAUUUUGCUAAGGAUAUUCCUAAGUAAGAUAGGCGAAAUGGUCAAUGGUCAUGUUCCCAGGUUUGGAAAAUUACUCGUAUGAUGGAUUAUUGUUGGGUGUACCGUAAUGGUACAUAUUAAAUUGGAAGUGUGAAGAGCUGAUGAGUCGUUGAGUUGUAAUGUACACAUAUUUGAUAACAAUGGAUAACAACCGAAAAUAAUAAAAAACAUUUCUGGUAACUACUCUCCAAAUUUGAAACAGUGAAAUUUCACUGCUUAGCAGUCACGACAUUUUGGCUUCUUAAAAGCAGUAGUUUUUUACUGCAAAA